AAUUCAAAGCCCUAAUUGAGAAAAGGAAUAAGAAGUCAGAUUCGAACUAGUUCGGUCCGCACGGCGGCGAAGUCCGACGCUCGAAUCUGACUCCAUUUUCUUCUUUUUUCUCUACGUCCUCGAUCCGGGGCUACUGUGAAUCUUCAAUGCCCGUUUCCUCUGCCUCUUCAUCCCAAUUCCCGACAAGAGAUUAUUGAUCUCUUCACAUCGAACUUCAUAGAAUAUCGGAACCUUUCCUUCUUUUCGUAUAGUAAGGGAACAUCGACUACAGUGCUCUGGAAUGGUUUUUCGUCGUUCAAUGAGCAGAGACACAUGGCGCUGGCUUUUAGGCCUGUCAUACAUUCUUGCUGUGGCAAUGAUUUGGAUUUCUGCUAGCUAUAUUGUUCAAUCAGUUGUGGAUGCUGGAGUUUCUCCCUUCCUAGUUACCUACAUAUGCAAUUCACUUUUUUUGCUUUAUAUUCCUAUUGUUGAAAUCGCCCGAUUAUUUGAGGAUUCGGCUGAAAUGUCCAGUUAUCGAAUAAUGGAUGUGCAAGAUUCUGAUUUUCGUGGUGCUAGUAGUUUGGAGAAUCUAAACCUGCUCCAUGACAUCAACAACAAUUCUGGUCCAAUUGAUGUACCUAGUCAAAGUGACAAUAAUAAUUCAUCUGGAAAUCCUUCCAAUGAAAAAGAUGGAGAAAGUUUUGCUGUUGAGAAUGAGUUUUCUGGUCAGCUAGGUUUGACUCUUUUUAACAAAGAUUCAAGUCAUCUAGUUGAUGGGAAAGGCCAGUGGUCGAGAUGUCGUGUAGCUAAAAUCAGCCUUUUAAUUUGCCCCUUCUGGUUUUUCGGUCAGCUAACCUUUAAUUUAUCUCUCAAAUAUACCACUGUGACAUCUAAUACAAUCCUAAGCAGUGCCUCUAGCCUAUUCACUUUCUUCGUCUCCUUAGCAUUCUUAGGAGAAAAGUUUACAUGGGUUAAGCUAGUUAGUGUUCUCCUCUGUAUGGGAGGAACAAUAGUAGUAAGUAUAGCUGAUUCAAGUACCAAUGCAAAUUCAGUUGCUACAAAUCCUGUCUUGGGAGACAUUCUUGCCCUUAUUUCAGCAACCUUAUAUGCUGUUUACAUCUCCAUGAUUCGAGCAAAACUUCCUGAUGAGGGUGAUGGAAAGGUUCAAGCAAGCACAGCUCAGUUUCUGGGUUAUUUGGGGCUUUUUAAUUUUCUAAUCUUUCUUCCAGUUGUAACUGUGUUGGAUUUUACCAAGCUAGAGCCCUUUCACGUGCUUACAUGGAAGCAACUUUGUCUUAUUGUUGGCAAAGGUCUGCUUGAUAAUGUUCUCAGCGAUUACUUACAGGUAAGGGCCACUCAGUUAACUUCAACCACCGCGGCCACCGCCGGUCUUUCAGUUCAGGUCCCCUUAGCUGCUAUUGUAGAUUCUUUGACCGGCCAUGCCCCUCGUCUUAUGGAGUACAUCGGAGCUGCUUCUAUCAUGGUGGGAUUUGUCGGCAUCAACAUCCCCUCGAAUGUCCUUAGCCAUUCACAAGAGACCAUGCAUGAGCAGGUAGCCAAAAAUCCUAGUUCUUCUACUGAGCAUAUUGAAUUAGGCAGAACAGGAGUUUCAUAAAAGCUUUUUUAUUUUCCAUUUUUGUCUGUUUUGAUCUUUUGGAAAGCUUGUAUAGCCAUUCUUAGCCAUUCACAAUUUCCUUGGCCAUUCUGGCUACCACAUCCCUAUAUCCAGAGCUAAGCAUUGUUUCUCAUUCAUAUGUAGAAUUUUAACAUAUCAUGUAAAGUAAUCAAGAUUACUAGAACUAAAUGAAAAUAUGACACUAAAUAGGACGCAAUGGAGAAAAAGGAUUCAUGUAGCC